CUGUUUUAUCCCUCCGAAUUUGUAAAGAAUGAAAAUUAGUCCCUCACUAUAUCUCCAGCCAAUUUAUCUACCACCGAUAGUCCCACGCUGUGGUUUCACUUUUGGGCUAAAAUGAAACCUCCCUAAAACGAUGGCGUUUCACUAACCUUCUCUUCGACGAUAUCAUCCACCUUAUAACCACCCGUGUCGGCUCCUACUCCCCAUCCACCAACUCCCUCUGACACACCGGCGGCUUCCUCACCAACCGCUACAGCCCCAAGAAGUUCCGCUCUUCGGCUCUUGCAACAAGAAGCUCUUCAGCCCCACUCAGCCCCCCACGGCAUCUUCAUCCUCGACACCGAUUCCAAAUCCUCCGUCAUCAACGAGGCUCACAAUCUUCACAUCCCCGUCGUCGCCAUUGUCGACUCCUCCAUGCCCCUCCAUUCAUUUUAUCCUGAUCCCGCCAAUCCUUCUAUCCAGUUUGUCUACUUGUUCUGCAACCCUGUCACCAAGAUUCUCCUUCUUGAGAAAGAGAAUGACAAGCUAAAAGAACCAGCACUUCUCCAAAUUCAAGUAGGUAAGACUGCGAAGAUGGACUUGCCAAACCUCGACAUACCAUUUAUUUUUUCUGCACAGUCUCUUGAAAAUUGGAGCUCAGCAAUUUUCUAGUUAGUAGUAGAUAUGAAAAAAACUAAAAAGCUUUUGGACAAAAUUUGUCAUCUCAAUGCUAUGUUAUUGUUGGCACAGAUAAAUUGGCUGUGAGGGACUAAUUUAGUGCAGUUUUUACAAACUUGGGACAUAAACAGUAUAUAUAAGUUAGGAAUUAAAUCGGUACAAUCCGUGAAUCUAAAAGAGACCGCUUUGAAAUUUAACUCUUAAAAAUAAAAAUAAAAAAUAAAGAAAACUCAAAAAAACCAAAUUAACGGGUGUACCAAAUACGAAGGUGACCGAGUCAGGUGAACCGAAGAGUGUGGUUCAAACUCGCGCCUUUUUUCAUUCUGCUCCGAACAAAGCCGCGAUUUUUAGGGCUCCAGAGAGAGAAAAACACAACGAACUUUUCAUUCUUUCUUCGUUUCUUCCUUCCUUCCGUUCGUUCUUUCUUGUUCUUCUUUCAUGACAAGCACAACAACUAUGCUUCUUCGAAGCUCAUCAUCUUCGUCCACGCUCAAUUCAUGGCUUCCCCAUUCCAAUCACUCUUCUGCCGAACCCGAAAUCAUUCACCAGAUUCCACGAAUAACUCGAUCCAUCACAUUGUCCGCAUCGUCCUCGCCCAAAGGAGUCGCAUUGCCGCGUGUUCUCUCUGAUUCUGAUCUCUCCUCCUCCGUACACAUGCCUUGGGUUCGUCCUCCUUCCAGAACGACGUCGUUGGGCCCCGCAUUGUUUUCGUUCUCCGAGUUGACAGAAGGCGACGGUGCAGGUUGUGGUGGUGGUGUUGGAGGAGGUGGUAUUGGCAUUGGUGGCGGUCGCGGUGGUUGGGGAUUCUGGGAUUCCAAUUACGACAAUGAUCCAACUGACGAAUAUUACCGAGCCAUGAUCGCAGCUAAUCCCGGGAAUCCACUUUUUCUUAGCAACUACGCAAGGUACUUGAAAGAGGUUUGUGGAGAUUAUGUUAGAGCAGAAGAGUAUUGUGCAAGAGCAAUUUUGGCUGACCAGAAUGAUGGGAAGGUGUUAUCCAUGUAUGCAGAUUUGAUAUGGGAGAGCCACAAGGAUGCUCCUCGUGCUGAGUGUUACUAUGAUCAAGCCGUUAAAGCUGCUCCAGAUGAUUGUUAUGUUCUAGCAUCCUAUGCUAAUUUUCUUUGGGAUGCCACGGAAGCGGGUGAGCUAGGGGAAGAAGAUUCCUCUCAAAAUUCUCCUAGUUUCUUCCAUGGAGGUAUUCCACCCUCCUUCUCCUCUAGCCACAGCUGCUUAAGCUUCAUGUUCUGGUGCUGGCUUUCAUACAAGUUUCUAACAUUUGCUUAUGUUACCUUUUACCUUGUAAAAUUUUGGUCCAUGAAAAUAGUUGCCAUUAUUCAAAUGUACAUUCAUGUAUAGGAGAAUGAAAGAUGAGAGACAAGAGAGAGAAAGUUAGAAGAGAGGGAUAUCUCUUUCUCCCAUUUGAUUCAUGUGCAUUUCAGAUCUCUCUUCUAGCAACCUUGUAUGGUGGAAAUAUUGUAAUAAUGGUAGCAAAACAUUUUUGGAGUUAUAUCAUUCACACGUGCA